AAUAUUUCACAGUAUGUACUCAAGGUGCCAGACCCUUGAGCUGUAUAAAUGACUUCAUUGUGAACACAUUAGUAAUGAAAUGUUUUUAACCACUUUACGUUCCGUAAGUGGGCUUAGUGUCUUAUUAUAAGUCAUGGGUAUUCAGCUAUUAUUGGGUACAGAGGGUGAAUACCAGGGUGAAAGAAAUUGAUACUUUUCAAAAUGUAAAAGACCUUGCGAUCAAUGAAUUGCCACUGAUAGAUAAAGAGUUUGUAUUUGUGGGAAAUACGGCGAAAUCCCUGUCUUUACCUUGGAUUAAAUCCACCUUAUUGAUCAGUGAGAAUAAACAGAGAAUUUAAAUGUCGCUCGUGUACAAUAUGCAUAUUUAUGGUGAACACUCGGUUUUUCAUGUGCACACAAUGUGUGGAAACUUCAGAAAAUGGCACUCCAGUUAAAGGAAAGAGGAUCUCUGUUGAAAACAACAGCAGAAACUAUUAAAUGGGUACUUGUUUUAAUAAUUUAUUAUGUUUAAAUAUUUUCUGACGUGGAGAUUUUUAAAUUUUACAUCGGUGUAGAGACAACAAACUUUAAGAAGCAAAUAACUUUUUAUUUACCAUUAAUUCUGGGAUUGAGCGCUUUAAAAGUAGAGACGAGAAGAUUACAGAUGAAAGUGUGUAUAUGUUUACGAGGAUGACUCAAUGUUCAAAUCUAACAACAUACAUUUACAUGUUGACUAAGCGACUUGAAUCAAGUGGAAAGAGCUCUCUAGUGACCAGUUUGUACCAUGUCAAAAGCAAAUUCACUGAACUCUUGUUCCAUAACGGUUUCUGACAGGUAGAUCAGGAAGAGUAAAAAGCCAUUGGAAGGGAUGAUUUUACCCCAUAAAUCGGUACAUUGAAUGAAGUGUGAAAAUUUAGACAAAAAAAGAUUUUUAAGAUAAAGAAGUAUGACAUUCAGAAUGAAAAACUUCAAACUUUUGGAAAAAGCUGCUGGUGAAUUGGUGAGAGCCAUAACCCUUGGAGACAUAGAAGAAAUUCAGAAAGUGCUCAACAAGUAUAAAAAGUUACGCCCCGACUUGAGCACCACCAUCACCUCCGACGGGACCACGGCUCUUCACUUCAUAGCCAGAUGGCAUCGCCAGACGAUACUGGAGAUGAUAUUGGAACCAGGCAUUGAAAUAAAUGUUCACGACAAUGAUGGUGCUACUCCUCUACAGACAGCCUUUCUUCACAACAACCUGGACACUGCAAAAUGUUUCAUAGAAUAUGGUGCUGAUGUGAAUGAAUCCAGCUCUAUAAAAACUGGUGCUAAAAUCAUACACAAGAUGGUGACCACAGGUAGGCUAAAUGCUGCUAACAUCCUUAUAGAGUGUGGAGCUUCUAUCAACUCAGCAGACAAAAUGGGACGUACUCCUUUACACCUUGCUAUGAUCAGGAAUGAUCCCAGCAUGGCCAAACUUCUGUUGGAGAAAGGAGCAGAAAUAGAUGCUUGUGACCACAAUGGCAUUAACUCUCUCCACUUGUCCAUAAUAUACCAACACCCAGAUAUAACCAAACUGCUUAUACAAUAUAAUGCUAAUAUUUCCUUCAAAGACAAGUCCGGGAUGCUUCCUCUGCACUUAUCUGUGUCGGCUGGCUUCUUGGACAUCACCAAACUGAUACUCAAGAAAAGCAAUGCUCAUAUCAAUACCAAGGAGAGACUCAUGGGAAGAACCCCACUGCACCUGGCCUGUGCAAUCAACCACUUGCCCAUCACCAAACUUCUGAUUGACAAUGGAGCAGACAUCAAUCUGACCACAAAUUUCCGAAAAUCUCCAUUACACAUUGCGUCGACCAACAAGGCCUCUGAGAUAGUUACCCUACUAUUGAGAAAUGAAGCAAAUGUGAACAUUAUGAGCAUUGGCAAUAAAACAGCCCUACACAAUGCCAUUGAGGCAGGACAAGUGAGUAUUACCUACUCCCUAUUACAAUACGGAGCUAAUUUGAAUCUCCGAGAUCUCCAUGGUCAUACCCCUCUCCAUUACGCUGCUAGAAUGGGAAGCUCAGACUGUAUCAAUGCCCUGCUCAGGUUUGGUGUCAAUGUGAACAGUUACGACAAUACCCAGAAAACUGCUCUGCAUUUUGCCGUUAUGAAUGGCCACAUUGAUACUGCUCUGUGCUUGAUUCGUGGUGGAAUUAAUUUCAGCACAAGAGAUGAGGAAAACAAAACGGCAAUGGAUUAUGAUGAGACUGGAAGACUGAAUGAAAUAUUAACAAAAAUGUUUAAAGUAUAAUAUAUUUAUUCUGAUUGUGAAAAAUUUUUUGUUACCAGACACGAUAUGGAAUCUUUCCUUGUGAUUAACCGUGAAUGACUUGUACCCAAUAACACUGUCACCAUAUAUUUUAUCAUGAGACACUGUUUUAUGCCUAGUUACCUGCUAUUAAACAAAGUGAGAAAAUGACA